AAAGUCCACUUCUCCUCCCAGCGGAGAGAAUUUAUUCUCCUCUCCACUAAUAGAUAAAGAACACAAUACGCAGAAGAAGAUAAUAUUCACUGUAUGACACCCCAACGCAGACUGUGGGAGCAUGUCUUUGCACCGUAAUUGAGAGAGAGAGAGAGAGAGAGAGAGAGAGAGAGAGAGAGAGAGAGAGAGAGAGAGAGAGAGAACAUGGACACGAAGGAAGCAAUCUUCAUGACGAGAGGAGAUGGGGAAAAUAGCUAUGCCCAACUCUCUUGUUUAACGCAAAAGGUAAACGCCGUAACCAAACCCCUACUAGAAAACGCGGUCCGAUCUCUAUUCUCCAAAGGCUUCCACGUUCACGGAGUCCUUAACAUAGCCGACUUGGGCUGCGCAGCGGGCCCAAAUGCGUUCUCUAUCAUUUCCACGGUCAAAGAGACCGUGGAAAUGAAAUCGCAGGAAUUGAAUUACCAAACACCGGAAUUGCAGUUCUACUUGAACGAUCUUCCGGGAAAUGAUUUCAACACUUUAUUCAGAGGGUUGUCUUAUGAGAAUUCGUGCUUUCUGGCGGGGGUUCCGGGGUCUUUCCACGGGCGGAUUUUUCCCCGUAAGAGCUUGCAUUUGGUCCAUUCCUCGUACAGUGUCCAUUGGCUCUCUCAGGUACCAAAAGGACUGACGAGCAGAGAAGGGUUGGCAUUGAACAAGGGAAACAUCUACAUAUCAAAGACAACCAGUCCAUUGGUAAGAGAAGCCUACUUGACUCAAUUUGAAGAGGACUUCACCAUGUUUUUGAGGUCUCGAUCCGAAGAGGUAGUCCCCAAUGGUUGUGCGGUCUUAAUUCUACACGGCCGACAAUCCCCAGAUCCCUCAAGCAAGGAGUGCUGCGCCACCUGGGGACUCAUUGCUGGGGCCAUUGCUGCACUGGUUUCAGAGGGUUUGAUUGAGGAGGAGAAAUUAGACUCUUUCAAUGUACCCUACUACACACCAUCAGCAAAGGAAGUGCAAGAUGUGGUGGAGAGAGAGGGAUCAUUUGCGGUUGAGCAUAUUGAUAGCUUUGCAGUUCGCGUUGAAGGUAAUUUGUCCAAUAUUGGAGAGAAGUUUGCCAAGAGAAUCAGGGCAUUCACAGAGUCGACUGUUGCCCACCAUUUUGGAGAGGAAUUAAUGAGAAAAAUAUACGACAAGCUAACCAAGUUACUAGUUGAAGAUUCGUCCAUACAGGCGGAACCAGCCGUCACUGUUGUGGUUGUGCUUAACAAGAAAUUAUAGGAGGCUGCUUUGUGUUUGGGGAUUUUCUUUUCUGGGUGUUUCAUUGUCUAUGGUUUUCCUGGAGCUAUUGGGGGUAGUCGUCAUUGCUUUUCGGGUUGUUUUGUGCUAUCGAAUAAAAUCUCAGCAAGGACAAAACACAAUCUGUACUUUCUAUCGAUGAUAUGUGAUUUUCUUUUAGUGUCUAGCUAGCACGUACUUGUUGUUAGCUUCUUUGUACGUAUUCCGUUCUGUCUUUGAUUGUUUUGUUAUAUUUCGUACUUUUAAAGUUUUAAUGAAACGGUACUUUGUGAUUCAUAAA